AUGGAGAUCUUCAUCAAGGCGGAAAAUUACCUGGUUUGGCGUGUUAUUGAAACUGGUGAUUUUGAAAUAACUGCAACCAAUGACAAACAAGAGGUAGUUUCUAAAUCUAUUUCUGAUUAUGACAAAGAAGAUUAUCAGAAACUUGAACUGAAUGCUUUAGCAAUAAAGUACUUACAUUAUGGACUUGGACCCCAUGAACAUAACCGUAUCAUGGGAUGCAAGUCUUCCAAACAGAUUUGGGAUUUGCUACAGGUAACUCAUGAAGGUACUAACGAGGUAAAAUGUUCUAAAAUAGAUUUAUUGAUAUCUAGGUAUGAAAGGUUUGAAAUGCAAUCUAAAGAAACCAUAGAAGAGAUGUUUACCAGAUUCAAUGAUAUUAUUAAUGAACUGAACUCCCUUGGCAGGCAUAUUCCUAUUGAUGAACAGGCAAGAAAGAUCCUAAGAAGUCUACCACAAGAUGAACGUUGGAGAUCCAAGGUUACUGCUAUGCAGGAAGCUAAGGAUUUCACCAAGUUUAAUAUGGAACAACUAGUUGGAUCAUUGAUGACACAUGAACUUCAUCUGAGUUCCAAUAAUGAAAGUUCCAGAAGUAAAAGCCUUGCACUUAAGGCUCAAGAUUCAGAAGAAUCGGAAGUUGAUGAGGAAGAGAUGGCUAUGCUAGUGAGGAAAUUUAAAAAGAUGAUGAAUAAUAAGAAGUUCGAAAGGAACAAGAAGUUCACAAGUUCCAGAAACACAACGUGCUUCAGGUGUGGGUCAAAAGAUCACUUCAUUAAGGAUUGCCCUGUACAGGAUGGAGAGAAAGGAAAGACAAAAGGCAAAGAACAAUCCAAAGAGUCAAAAGUCUAUAAGCCUUACUUCACCAAGGACAAUGUGAAGAAAGCCAUGCUAGCUGCUUGGGGAGAUACAGAUUUAGAAGAAGAGGAGGACCAACCAUUAGAAGAAACUGCUCAUUUAUGUUUAAUGGAAAAAACUGAUGAAGCUGCCAAACUAAAGGAGCUUGAGUCUGAGGUAUGGUUCUCUUACAACCAAUUAAAACAUCUGUCUAAAGAGAAUCUAAUAAAUACUGUUUUGGAAAUUCAAGAAGAUUUAAAGGAAUUACAUAGAUCCAAACAGCAAAGUGAUAAAGCUUUAGUUACUUACAAAGAGAACAGUGAAUGGGUUGAUAACAUGAAGUUUGACAUUCAAUACAGGUUCUUUAGUCUGUUUGAUGAUAAUAAAAAUUUAGAAGAGACUAUAGAGAAUCUGAAACAAGAUAACAUACUCCUGAAUGUGGAAUUGUCUUUGUUAAAACUUAGUGUCGAUACUCCUAACUCUGAAGUUCCUCCACCUACUGAUUAUCCGAAUUUUGAAAAAUUAAAACAUGAUUUGGAAGAUUUAAAAACGGAUAAGGCACGUCUUGAGGGGGAACUUGAGAGAGCUAGGAAAGGUUCCAUGACCUUUGGUGAUAAUAUGAAAGGUGAUAUAAUUGCUAUUGGAAAGAUAGGAAGGUCACGUUCCCAUGCCAUUGAUAAUGUAUUUUUAGUCGAGGGCCUCAAACACAAUUUGUUAAGUAUUUCACAGUUUUGUGACAAAGUUAAUUCUGUUAGCUUUACUUCUAAUAAGUGUAGAAUCAUCCACAAUGACACUGGGAACAUUAUUUUGGAAGGAACUCGUAAAGGGAACACAUAUAUUGUGGAUCUAAAUGAGGUUCCUAACAGAAGUUUAACAUGUCUUAGUGUUAUUGAGGAUGAUCCUCUUUUAUGGCACAGAAGGUUUGGCCAUGCAAGCUUUUCUUUACUUGAUAAAAUAAGAUCUAAGAACUUACUGGAAGGACUUCCUUGCAUUAAGUUCCUGUAUGACAAAGUGUGUGAAGCUUGUGCUAGAGGAAAACAGACUCGAAUUUCCUUCAAGUCCAAAAAGAUGAGAAGAACAGGAAAUCAAUUGAUACAUCUUAGAUCAGAUCAUGGAACAGAAUUCGAGAAUUCAAAAUUUGAUGAAUUCUGUACUGAGUAUGGUAUAGAUCACAACUUCUCUGCCCCAAGAACUCCACAACAAAAUGGAGUGGUGGAACGCAAGAAUAGGAGCCUUGAAGACAUGGCAAGGACAAUGCUGAUAUCAAGCAGGUUGCCUAGGAACUUCUGGGCUGAAGCAGUUAACACAACAUGUUAUAUACUUAACAGAGUAUCUGUUAGGGCCAUCACCAAUAAAACUCCCUAUGAACUUAUGAAAGGGAGAAAGCCUAAUAUUUCCUACUUUAGAUCUUUUGGAUGUAAAUGCUUUGUUCACAAUAAUGGUAAGAGGAACUUGGGUAAAUUUGAUGAACGUAGUGAUGAGGCAGUAUUCCUAGGAUAUGCCUCGAAUAGUAAAGCUUACAGAGUCUAUAAUAAAAGAACUAUGUGUGUUGAGGAGUCUGUACAUAUUAUAUUUGAUGAAACUGAACAUUUGGUUGAUGUACAUGAUUGUGAUGAUGAUUUCGAAAUUGGACUUGUGCGUAAGCAGAAUUUAGAUGAGGAACCAGCAUCACAGCAGAAGCAGCAAGUUGAAAUUGCUGAAGUAACAAAUCCUGAAGCAAACGCUGAACCUGAGAUGGAGAAUGCACCAGGAACUCCACUUCAAGAACAGACUGAUGUUCAUAAUGAAGACCAGAAUGUGGAAACACCUGAAGAAGUUCAAACUGAGUUUCAUGAACAAGUUCCUACAGAAGAACUAGUCAACAAUGAUGAAGAAAAAUUGUAUCCAAUCAAGGAUUUCACUCCAAGGCCCUGA